CAUGCGCGUUAUCGCAGCCUGUCAAUUCGAAACCAAGCGAGGGAAAAGUCCUGCAGCCGUCAGUUUGACAUUAUGCCUGUCCGUGUGCUGUCAGAGGGUGCGGUGCCAGGCGGCCAGGUACCAACACACCUCACCAGGAUUCCCAUCUCGCUCAUCAGCACCAGCACUGACUACGCCAACAAAACUGUCAAGGGAAAAGUGGUUCGAAAAGGUCCACUGGUGUCGUUAGCGGCUGACAACGUCAUCCUGAAAGCUGUCAUCCAAGAAGAAGAUUGCCAACCAAACACGUCGUCUCAGCACCCAUCCAUUAAUGUCGUAUUGUUGGGAGCGCUGGCCAAGGACUUCAGUCUAGCUGUCAAUCAAGGGGAUGCGGUGGUGGCCUCUGGCUUCACUGUGGGCAAAUCCCCCACAGUUCAUAAGGACAAGUUGCACCCCUUUAACCUGCUGCUGUCAGGAGACAACGCCUGUAUUUAUGUGUCCCGACUGCCACCUCCUCCUGACCCCAGAUCCCCACCGGCCGUCAAGAGGAGCUCUCCACUCUCCGCUGAGGCUUCCAGGACAACCAAGGCUCCAAAAUACACGUACGUCCGACUGGGUGACCUGAAGGCUGGAUCUGUAGUGAACGUGUACGGAGUGGUGGUCUUCUUCAAACAGCCAUUCAAGAGCCGCGGCACAGACUUUUGCUCCAGCCUGAAGAUUACUGAUCAGUCCAACCAGAAGAUCGGCUGCACCAUCUUCUGUGAGAAGCUGGAGGACCAUCCAAAAAUCUUUCAAAUCGGAGACAUUGUCCGCAUGCACAGAGUCAAGACUCAGUUCUUCAAUGACUCCAUCACGCUGGUCAACACCUUCGGUUUCUCAGUGGUGACAUUUGAUGGGGUGGCGGGCAGCGCCAUGGAUCCACGGACCUCCAGCCGCUCCUUUCACUUCGACCAGGAGGACCGUCAGACCGUGGAGGAGCUGCGAUCCUGGGCCGCCAGCCAGACUAUCCUCCCUCCAGUUCUCUCAUCCCCUCUUUCUGCUGUUCAGCCCAAAGCUUAUUUCGACCUGACAUGCCAGCUGCUGGCCAAAGCUCCCAUCGACACCACCUGCACCCUGCUGAAGCCUGGAAACUUCCUGAGGAUCUACAACCUACGAGCGAUCCCAGGAUCCAGUAAGGUGCCCGGCCUCACCAGCAGCCAGUCAGAGGAGGUGGAUCACCUGGCUUUUCACCUGCAUGGGGGGACGGCGUACGGCAGGGGGAUCCGGGUUCUUCCAGAAAACAGCCCCGACGUGCAAGACCUCAAGAGAGUCAUUGAGGCUUUGCCGGAGGAUGGUGAGCUGAAUGACUCAGCAAUGUUGGAAAUCUGGAGCACUCCACCAGAGUCUCUGGAUGGUGAAACAGUGGAUUGCAUCACAGAGAGAAGCUGUGGUCACGACAUACAGUCGGUGACGCUGUCCGAGCUGAAGCAGUGCGAUCCGGGUCGAGUUCACCACGUCAGAGUCCAGCUGAGAUCCUACGAGCCCCGCAGACUCCACCAGGCUCUGAAGCUCUACUGCAGCAAGUGUACAUCUAUACAGGACGUCCCAGAUGAUGAACUGGUGGCCGGUCUCUUCUCUGAGGGGUCCAAGGACUCUGGACCCUGCAGCCCCCCACCGUGGGCAUUCUCUGGGCGGGUCGACGUCCCCGGAGAUUCCCCAGGAUCCUGGAAGCGAGCUCUGAGUGUUCACCUGUCCACCCAACUCAUGUCUGAGGGCAAACCCAAGGAGCUCAUCUUCCUCAUGGGUUCGACUCUGGAGGAAACGUGUCGACUAACGUCAGGCUACCAGAACAUCGUUCCUGUGAGGGCGUCAGGAGGUCACAUGGCUCUGCUGGACCUGUCUGCACCUUUCCUGUUCAGAGGCAGGAAGAGAUACUACGGGUGUAGGCAGUGCUCUGAGGCUGCAGUGAGGGAACCGUGUGCUGAAGGAGUCGAGCUGAUCGAUGAGAAGAUCAUUGCAGAAGCUCUCGGGGUUCAGCUGCUGCAGUUCGUUCUGCUGAUGAAACUCGAGCUGCAGGACGGCACUGACACGCUGGAGGCCAUCCUGUGGAGAGACGCCGAGUCUUUCUUCAGGGUGUCUGCGGAGGACGUAGCAGCCAAUCAGGAGGCUCAGAACAGCAUCUGUCAAACAAUGGACUCCCUCUGUCCAGCAGGGGGCAGCACUGGUGAGCGUCCGUGGCUGGAUUUGUGCCUGACGGUGUACCGAGCAGAGGACGACGGGGGACAGAACCAAACCUGCUACCAGAUCUGCCACACCACCAUCACCAAACCCCCUUCCACACAGUCCGACCCCGCCCCCGCCUGAACCACCUGCUGAUCACAGGUCACCGGUAAACCUACCCUGCAAAAAAGCAACUGUUUUUGUUCACUUCCUUUGUUGUUUUUAUUUGUAUUUAUUGUGUAAAACUAAAUAAAUGUACAGAAAAUGUUACUGCAAAAAUGUACAAGACUGACUGACAUGUGAGUGAAUUUUUAAAACCUCUGCUGUUUCCAGUGCAGUAAACAGAGCCUUUGUAUGACUUUCAAAAUAAAAUAAAUGACUUUGACUGAG